AUGGCUCGCUUACGUCGACGUAGUGAGAAUUUAAACUAUGUUUACGAAACAGUCAGUGCACGUAGAUCAAGCAGAGAGAACAAUGUAUUUAGAAAUAUGUUAAGGUUUUUUGACCGAAGGUUUAGAAGACGAAGAUAUUUGAAUAGAGAUCAUGUUGAUGAAUCAGUUGAUGAAACAAUAGAUAUAGCAGUACAGGAUCUUCGUCCAACUUCAAGGCAAGCUGAUGUGGAGGCUGUGGCUUUACAAAGACAAAAGAGCAAUGUGUCAAGGCUCAGUAGGACCGAAUCUAUAACCCCCACCCGGUACAUGGCAGGAAGGGGGUCCAUUUCAUUCUGGAAGAACUUUGAGUAUGAACAACAGGGGCGGCCAUUUAUAAGAGUUAGUCAUAAUGUUGCUAUUGAAGAAGUUGCUGAGGUGGUUCAUCAAGAGUGGGAUUUAAGCAGUCCUCGAAUUGUCCUUGUAAUAGUAUCUAACGUGGCUCGUUUAACAAGUUGGAAAAAUGCUCGACAACUUGAAAAUUUUCAGAAAGGAUUAAUCAAGGCGGCUAACACAACAAAUAUGUGGAUUGUCACCAAUGGGACUAACAUAGGAGCUACAAAGGUGAUUGGUGAUGCUGUUCGUGAUGAAAUUUUACAUCGCCAAACUCUGCAGUGUCAUAAACAUCCAAACCAGAGUAUCACUCCUGCUAAUCCUCUGACGUUGAUUGGAAUUUCAAGAGAAGACUGGCUAGUUUAUAGUGAUAUGUUUGAUGGAAGGACAGAGAUUGUGCAGUUAGAAAAUGAAGGAAAUAUUCCUGAAGAUAACAAAUAUGAACUAAACCCAGAUCACUCUCACUUUGUUGUGGUAAAGGAUGAAACCAUUGCUAAAACAGGAAAUAACUAUUUCCUUCUCAGAUUAGAACAGUAUUUAGCAGUAGCACUGGAAACCCAGCAAGCUGAUGAACAACAACAAAUACAAAAAGGUGAUGGUUAUUAA